AUGCAGGACUGUCUAUCUGUACCUGAAAAUGGAUUGUGGGGAGUGAAGGCCACUCUGACAACUUCUACAACCAUUGCAUCACUAUCCAAAUCAGGGAAAAAGCAUUUCUGCCUCUUCCAGUCCCACAAAUGUCACAUUUGCACUUGUGAGGGAAAACAUGGGCCCUUGUAUGCUGUGAGGGCCUCAAGGAAGGAGCAGGGGGCAAGGCUGAAGAGGCACCUGGACCAAGGACUGAUAAAGAAUAUGGCUGUUGCCCCUAAAAUCUACAAGCAUGGCAAGUUGUUGCCUGUUGAAGCAGAAAACUGCAAUGGGAAGGAGAGUACUGUGCACAAGAGUGAGGCCAGGUACCACAAAGCACCACAGGAGAUGGGAAAAUCUCAAGGAACUCUGAUGCAUAGCCAGGGAAGAGAACGUUCAAUCCUGCCUUAUACUCCUGUGACCUCAGAGCAGAAACCAAUGAUUUCUUUUUCCCGGGACCCUCGUGGUCUCUCUGCCAAAAGAUUUUCAAGUGUGAUCCUGCAACCCCGUGCUACCCCUGGCCCUCUUCUACUGCAGUCACAGGUCCCCAGAGCCACCAAGCAGGAUUCUGUUGCUGCUACCUCAGAGUGGCAGAGGAAGCUGGAGGCUGCUGAGGCUCUGUUGACCCUGAAAAACUCUUGUCAGCCUCCUCCUGAUUUUCUGUCUCUUCAACAGCCUGGCAGCAUGCCAGGUAGCUGUCUUCAUCAAGGUGGAACAUGGGGUGGGGGGAGUUGGGAAGUCGGAGGGGUUGUGGUAAACUGGUUGUGCCCGGGAAGCCGGAUUUUGGAUCACCUUGGAUCCCACACUUCAGUUCCUCAGUCCUGCUGGAGAGCGAGAACUGCCCCUUCUAGUGCCUACCUGCCACCACCGUCUGCCACCUCUGUCUCACUUACUGGACAUCUGAAGUGCAUGUCCUUCUUGACCUAA